AUGGGAAUUGUUAGUGUGUUGAUGGGCCUUGGGAAUGAAUGGGCGGUGCAAGCUCUGGUCCUUUUCAGCUUCACGCUGCAAGUCACCCUCCUCUCGCUUGCUUGGAUCCGUCGGCACAGCAUCGCCACCAUGCCAAAGCUGGUCCUAUGGGUGGCGUACCAGCUAGCCGACUCCACCGCGCUCUUCACCCUAGGCCACAUGGCCAUCAGCAGCAGGUCGAGGGAGGAGCAGCCGCUCAUGGCGUUCUGGGCACCGUUCCUCAUCCUACAUCUCGGCGGUCAGGACAACAUCACCGCCUACUCCUUCGAGGACAACCGGCUGUGGCUGCGCCACCUGCAGACCCUCGUCGUGCAGGUGAUGGGUGCUUCGUAUGUUCUCUACAAGUACAUGCCCGGCAAGGAGACCCUGGUCAUGGCGGCCGCCGUGCUCAUCUUCGUGGUGGGCAUUCUGAAGUAUGGCGAGAGGAUAUGGGCCCUCCGGGAAGCCACCUUCGACAAUAUAGCCAGGUGUUUGGACCAGCAGGAGGAUUAUGCCAGCGCUCGCGAACGCGAAGGCGACGAUCUUCUCCAGCAUGUUCUACAAGGAAGGAGCUCUAUGGACGAGGAGAACGUUCUGAUUGGAGCACAUGGCCUGCUCGACAUUUGCCGAGGGCUGUUCAUCGGGUCACGCGGUGGGAGGCGCGGCUACCUCAGGCAUGUCCUGCUGUCCUUCCAAAUGUAUGGCCGUCUUGAUAAGCUGAUGGAGUUGGAGCUGUCCCUCAUGUAUGACAUCCUCUACACCAAGGCCACCGUGAUCCACACAUGGAUCGGGUGCUGCAUCCGUGUCAUCGCGCUUGCCGCCACGGUGACCGCCACGUUCCUCUUCCUGCUCAGCAGCAAACACGGGCACAGCAGGAAAGAUCUCGCCGUGACAUACGUCUUGUUGGCCGGGGCCUUGCUCCUGGAAAUGAUAUCCAUGGUUCUCUCCAUCCGCCGUGUUUUCAGGGUGGCUACGCACAGGAGGUGGUCCGGCACAGUUGGCCAGCACAACUUCCUCUGGGCCAGCGCCAAUGCCGUCGACGCCAGCGCCGCCGCGGAAGCGAAAGAGGAACCGCCGGCCAGCGAACCCACGGGUUACUACUGCUUGGACACAAUGGACCGUUGCUGCUGUCACCGCACCAAGCUAUCAGACUCUACCAAGGAGCAGAUAAUGAGGAAGAUACUAGAGAUGCACGAGAACAGACAGGAAAUCGGGUCUCAACCUGGCGUGCGCGCGUUCAAAGCUCUCGGCCUGGACGGCAGCCUCGGCUGGAGGACCAUCCAAGACAUCGGCUUCGAGGAUAGUAUCAUGGCGUGGCAUCUCGCCAGUGACAUCUGCCUCUUCAGUGACCGCAGCAACAAGCUGGAUUUGCACGAGGGGGUGGCGGUUCUGUCCAACUACAUGAUGUUCCUCCUCGUGCACCGCCGGUACAUGCUGCCAGGCCCCGUGCGUCGCACGCGGUACGAGCAGGUGCGCGACGAUCUCAACAAGUUUAUGCAUCGAAAGGGCCGCGCUCGCUCGCCGCAGGACUUGUUCGUGUGGGCUCUUCGCAGGGGCCUCCAUGAUCAUCUCAACUCCGACGAUCCUCCGGCGCAGUACGACACCGGAGUAAGACUUGCCGCCGUGCUCUACCACCGGUUGGACAGGCUUGAUAUCAUCUUUGGGGUGUGGGUGGAGAUGCUGUCUUACGUUGCUUGCAACUGCAGCAGAGAGUCUCAUGCCAGGCAGCUUAGCAGCGGUGGUGAACUCGUCACCAUCGUCUGGCUUAUGGCGAGGCUCGUCGACAUGUCUUGA